GCUCGGAGACGAUCAUUCCUGCCGUGUCAGCUUUAAGCGCGUGAUCGUAGGUGCCGCAUCUUGAAGCCUUCCCAUGAACGAUCUUGGACGAUGUUGUGGCAGCAAAGCCCGGUGAGUCUCGCAUUUGUUCGGAUGGUGUUAGACGCUAUGAAGAUCAUGCCAACAACUCCAAAACCUUUCUCCUCGACGUCAGCCCACCCUAUCUCAUUGGUAGGCGAGGCUGCAUUAUGCCGCUUCUUGAGGCAUUUCACAGCUGAACCGCAGCAGCUCGUCAGCCGACCAUACCAGCUGCCCAGCUCCUACCGAGUACGUGGGUCUCGUCAAGCAGCAACCGAGUCAUCUUUGGCUGCAAUCUGCACGUUAUAGCCCCAUACAUCAUGUCAUGAGUUGCAUAGACAUGUGAAAGUACCUCGACAAGCGAUCACGUGACAUCUAAACAGUCGAGCUGCCUAUUCCAACGACACGUUUGGAAGUAUGUGGACGUGAUGGACAUGUUCUCUA